CGGGGCUCGAGCGCUUCGGCCGAGAUUGCCGCCGGGGGCAGCCUCUUAAUCCCACCCGCAGAGCAGCUCAGGCCGCCGCAGACGUCGUCAGCGGCGCAUGUUCCAGCAGGCCGUCACCGACAACGGCGGCGCGCCGCCCCCGGCCGAACGGGGCUGGCUCGAUGGGCUAACAGCCUGCGUCCUCCCUACUACGGACGGCGACGACGCGCCGGGCGACUCCCUGAGCCCCUGCGGCUGCGACUCGACGAGCGCGCCCGACGACGCCCCAUCAGCGCAGCCGCCGCCGCCGGCGACGGCCGCGCCCGGGUCGGCGCGCGUCGUCGUGCUGGGCGGCGACGGCUGCGGCAAGCUCUCGCUAAUAAGAGCGUGGCGGCGGCGCGACCCGAGUACUUCAUAUGAAUCGAGCCGCCACGGCGCGCGCUUCACGCACGUCGCGCUCGGAAAUGAUGGCCACGUCGUCCUGAACGCGCUGGAUAGCGGGGACCUCGCCUCGCCCAAAUCGAUGAAGGCGGCGGCCCAGACCUUCGACGAGGCGACGGCGCGGGAAGUCCGCGUCGCGUCAGCGCACGCGCGCCUGAGCUCGGCCGAGGGCGUCGCGGUCGUGGUGGACGUGGCGACGGUCGACGUCGAGACGGCGCGGGCCUGGGUCCAGGCCGUGCGCGCGGCCCACGCCGCCGCCGCCGUCGUGCUCAUCGCGAACAAGUGGGGCCUCGCGCGGAAAGAAGCCGAGGAGGCUGAUUUAGUUUCCAGGGCGGCGCGGCUCGCGCGGGCCUUGGACGUCGACGCGUGGUUCCCGGGCCUGGGCGAGGUCGACGCGGAGAAGGCGACGGACGCGGACCUGGCGCCGCUGCGCUACCUGCUCGACGACGUGCUCAUGCGGCGGCGCGUCUUCGCCGCGAACGUGGCGCGUGCGCGCAAGGAGUCCGCGCAGGGCCUGCGCGGCGCGGGGCGGGCGGGCAUGGCGGCCUAAUAAGAGUCCUUGUCAGUCC